AUGGCCAAAUGGCUGAACAAGUACUUCAGCCUGGGCAGCAGCAAGGGCAAGAGCCCCCCGCCGGCCCCGCGGCCCGACUGCCGCGAGAAGCGCCGCGGUGCCGGCGGCGGCCCCCGCCCCGACGGCCCGCCGCGACUCCACCGCCGCGCCUCGGCGGGCUGCCAGCACCGCCGCCUGCGCGAGGACACCAGCGACCUGCUGCGUGCCUACCGCGCCCAAAAGGACCGCGACUUCGAGGACCCCUACAGCGGGCCCGGCUCUGCCCCGCUGGAGCCGCGCGCCGUGUGCCCCGCGGGCUGCUGCGCGCCCCGGGGCGCGGGCGAGGCGGCCCCGAGGGCUUUCUGCUCGUCGUCGUGCCCCGCCGCGCCGCCCGCCGCCGGCUCCCCGCGCUUGUUCCGCAGCCCCAGCGAGCGCCGCCCGGCCGCGCCGCCCGACGUCGAGCACGUCUCCCCGAAGCACCGGCUCAUCAAGGUUGAGAGCAGCGGCAGCACCGCUGCCGACGGCGCGGCCGAGAAGCUCGGCAAAGGCUGGGAGCAGCUGACGGCGCUCGCCCCCUCCGUGCAGAAAGAGAAGGUCUUGAUACCAGAUGACUACUCAGAUCCAUUUGAUGCCAAAAGUGAAUUGAACAAAAUGGGGAAAGGGGAGAACACUGGCUAUAUGGAACCCUAUGAAGCCCAGAGAAUAAUGACUGAAUUUCAGAGAGAGGAGAAUGUGAAGUCCCAUCAAAAAAGCCUGCAGCUCUAUGACACACCCUAUGAACCAGAAGGCAGUGGUGUGGAAUCAGAUUCUGAAAGUGUGGUGAGUCAGCGUUUACGAGAAAGCAAGUUGCCACAGGAUGAUGACAGGCCUGCAGAAGAGUAUGAUCAGCCGUGGGAAUGGAACAAAGUCACCAUCCCAGCCCUGGCAGCCCAGUUUAAUGGAAGUGAGAAACGGCAGGCAUCUCCUCCUCUCUCAAAUGACCAGCGCAGGCAGUUACGAGCACUCAGAGGAGGCUUUAAACCCAUCAAACAUGGCAGUCCCGAGUUUUGUGGAAUCCUUGGAGAGAGAAUAGAUCCAACUAUUCCACUGGAAAAACAGAUAUGGUAUCAUGGAGCAAUCAGUCGGACAGAUGCAGAAAACCUGUUACGUUUAUGUAAAGAGUGUAGCUACCUUGUAAGGAAUAGUCAAACAAGCAAGCAUGACUAUUCUCUUUCACUGAAGAGCAGUCAAGGUUUUAUGCACAUGAAACUGAUGAAAACCAAAGAGAAAUACAUCCUAGGUCAGAACAGUCCUCCUUUUGACACUGUUCCUGAAGUCAUCCACUACUACACUACAAGAAAGCUGCCCAUCAGAGGAGCAGAACACUUGUCACUUCUCUACCCUGUGGCCGUGAGGACUCUGUAAUACCCCUUUCACCCCUUCCUGUGGAUGGGAUGAGAGGCAAUCUGGGACGCAUGUAUUCCAUUCCCAGAACUCAGUACUUCAGUCUGGGCUGGAGAGUGGCUGCCUCUAGUCUUGGUCACAAGGGUCCUCUGCAGAAUUCUGUAUGAGACUGUGUGUGCAGUAUUCUUACACUACAGCGUGCCCAUGGAACUGUGCUUCUACUUAAGAGAAAGGAGUCUUAUUUUAGUGCAAAGAGAACAGAUAACCUUGCCAGAGCUUCUCUUUGAAUGAGAAGCUCUAACAUAAAGUACUUUCAUGGUUUAAAAUGAAUCAGCAACUUCUUCUCAGCACUAAAGCACCAGCAACAUCUCUUACUACCCUGAGAAACUUCUGCAUGUGAAAAUGUAACCUGACUCUUAGGGAUACCAUGUUCCAGCAAAAUACUGCUGUGUGUUCUUGGUGGACUGGCAGAGGAGCUUAGCAGGGAAGUCCCUGUGGUUCUGUGCGGUCACUCAGCUUGGUGUAUCUUUUUUUUAUGGAGUUUCUUGGGGUAGUCAAACAAUGUAAAGUCCUCUUAGGUGUACAGUCCUAACAAAUAAUUUUGUGAUAGCAAAUCAUUGAUAAUUAUUUAUGAAUAGGGAAUGUAAUUAAAAUAGUGGUUUAAUAUAUAUUUUUAUCUUUUCUGGUACAAUAAUAAAUCUCUAAGGGUUACUGUCUUUAUUUGCAAGUUUCAUUCAUCAGUGCAGGUGGAUAGUUAAGAAUCAGUCAUUUUAAUGCAUAGGUUAGUAUUUAUGCAUGAGGGAGUUGAAGGCUCUAAACAAGGCUUUUUCAGGCAAAAUCUUCACUUGCUCAUUUCAUCUCGGGCAAACAACUGUCCCACUGAGGCAGCAGAGUGUGGGUCCCACUGCCUUUCCACAAGCUGGCUUUUCCAGCUGUAUAAAUGAGAUGUGCAGUAUUUAUCAGAGCAGAAAUUCAGUUCUCCAAUGUAAAUGGUAUUCUUAGAACAUAAUCCCUUGACACAUGCCUCCCGGCUAAUUUUCAUUUCCCCCGUGAGCAGAAGUUCCAUGCUAUGUUUCAGUUACAGCUGGCCUGAAGCACUGUAGAAGCUGUCCUACCUCAGUCCUGCCAUCUCAAUGCCAACUCGCUUGAGAGAUAAUUGGUAUGUGCUCUAUAUGUUUGUUGAAAGAGGUAAGUGAAAAAAUGUAGUUAUGUAGAACUGAGGAAUCAGUAUCUUGGUAGUUCUGACCUUGUGCCACCUCCCACCUGUAUGUCUAGAUCGAUCAUCAGCUACUUGCUGAAGUAGCAAAUAGCAUGCAGUUUACAUAUUUUACAGAUUGCAAUAAGACUGUGAAAUUGUUAUUUAAUUCAGCUUUCUCUCCUACUCUUCCCUUCUGUGUAUGCUUUGAAAUAAGUGCAGAUCUGAAAAGUGUAUGGAAUAAUCAUUUAAUGCCUGUAAAAUAAUGCUUCACUGUAUUGUUUAAUCUGGUAAGAACUUUAAGAUGUUCCAUAUGUAACCUCGGUGGUGAAUAUUCUGCUUGUCUUUUAAGCCUGUCUUGUUGUCCUGCAUAUGAGUUUGCUCUGAGUCCUUCCAUCCAGCAGUUUGAAUGAGAGCUGAUCGCACAAACGUGAGGAGCCCACAGUCAUUCUGUAUAGCAACAGUGUUGAGUCAGCUGUCUCCAUCUCACCCAAUAUUCCAACAAAGCUGCACUGGAGGAGGUUCUUACUGAACCUUUUCUGAGAGAACAGUGGCACAGGGAAAUUAACAAAGAGGCAACAUUCCUCUCCGAAUGAAACCAAAUACCCCCUUUUAUGUGCUUGCUCUACAUGCAGCUUGUAUUUCCCUAAUGUCUUCCCAGAACUAUCACUUUUCCUUGUAAGAUAACCCAACUGGCAAGAGCAUACAAGCACUUGUAGUGGUGCGUGUUCCUCUCUCUUCAGAGUAUGAGUGCAUGAAUUUGGCAGAAUUCACAAAGAUGAAGAAUCAGAUUGCAUCUGUUGUGUCCUAUUCUUUGUGUGGGUUCUGUCAACUCCCUCAGGUCUCUUGGGACAGAAAGAUGUCAUGUUGCUUGCUGUGCAUGUUGAAGGGUAUUUCUGAGAGUCUGACAUUGUUGCUGUGCUACAGACUGCAUUUCUUCUGCAAGAGAAAAAUAAGCCCCUACUCUCUCUGCGAUUAGUUGCAGAGACCAAGAUUCCUGUAAACCUUGCCAAGCAUCCUUGUGUAUUUACUCUUUAACUCAAGGAGAGGACUGUUGUACUGAAUCUUUCUUUAUGUGGGCCUGAUCCAAAGUCAGAUGAAGCUACCACAUGCCAUCUUUAUUGCAGGUUGGGGUUGAGACCGCCUACCCCCUCAAAUCAGGUCAAUACACAUCAUGCAGACGUGUAUACAGUUUGUUGCACCUCCAAGGAUCAGAUCAAGAUUCUUGGUUCAGCGAAAGGAAAUCAUCUCAGAAAAUGUUCAUUGUCAGUGGGUGGGGAUUUAAUUUUUUUAUAUAUAUAUAUAGUUUUAGAAAGAAAGUUCUCAGUUACUGCAGCAUAAAUAAAGCCAAGAUUUUGUUUGCACUGUAA